AGCGAUCCGAGUUCAAAUCUCGGUAGAACCUAACUUUAUGAUUAUUUACUGUUAUGAACAUACUCCUCAAAGGUGAUGGAAACUACUGUGUGUUUCUAGUUUUAUAAAUCUAUACAUAUAGUUUUCUACUCGGCAGCAUGCAGUACCUACAUAUAAAACUGCACUUUAGCAGCAGCUAGCUCAUCCAAGUACAUGCAUGGCUACAUUGACGAAUACCAGUUCACUUGCUGUUAUGAAGUCAGUCCAACAUGGCGGCGCACAUAGUACGACGUUGUUGUUAUUUUCUCUGUCGUAGUACAGCAGUUAACAGGAUUCCACAACAUAUAAAACUGAGGGAUGUCGUAUUAAGAGACAUCAACAACACUUUACAUUUGCGUGUUGCUUACGGGACUCGAGGAGCAGACACCACAGAGGAUUCCCAAGUGCAUAUUCCAGUGGACCGCCUGAAAGUAUCCUACAGCAGAAGCAGUGGGCCUGGUGGUCAGAAUGUAAAUAAAGUCAGCACAAAGGCUGAGGUCCGAUUCCAUGUGCUAACAGCAGACUGGAUCCCAGAGGAUGUUCGACGGAAAAUCUUUGAAACGAACAAAAACCGCAUCAAUAAGGCUGGGGAGCUGCUGGUGAACUCAGAGCUGAGCAGGAGUCAGAACAGAAACCUCUCUGAUUGCAUACAGAAGAUUUCUGCCAUCAUAGCUGAGGCCAGCGAGAAGCCACAUGAACCAACAGCAGAGGACGUAGCUCUCAGGGCAGCCAGGUUAGCGAGACGGGACAAGGAGCGACUCAAAGAGAAGAAGAUCCAAUCAGCUACCAAGAAGAGCAGACGAGUGGAUUUUGACUAACUGUUAUAUUUCUACCUCGCUAUUGUAAAUAAUGAUAUGUCUUGUAAUACAAUAAGGUUGCUACAUUUUUCGUAUUAAAUGAAUGAAGAAUUAAUGUC